AUGCUACGGGAUAAUGAGUAUAAUGUGGUGAGUUAAUAUUUAUUUUAUUUUCACAUGUCUGAUGCUCCAAGUGCGAUGCUCGGAUUUUAUUCAAAUUUUGCACAUGUGUCUGGCAAGGGCUAUGUUUCAAUUCCUGAAAAUUUUAGCUCGCGCUUCGCAGGGGCAGACGAGAUUUUGAACGAUAUUUGGAGCCGAGAGAGUAUACGAAACGCGGAGAGCGGUCGGAGAUUUUUUUGGCUUGUUUUUGCCUGCAGUGAGGGACCGGAUCCAAUGGCAAAAAACGUCUCAUUUUGCAUCCCGGAAGGGACCAGAAUGUCUCCAAACCCUUCCCUUCUCUAAGCUAAAAAACUCCGCUUUGAAAAGCGCGCCCUUUCCUUCAAGGGGAUGCAAAAUGAGACGUUUUUUGCCUUUGGAUCCGGUCCCUUACUGCAGCCAAAAACAAGCCAAAAAAUUCUUCUCUGACCGCUCUCCGCGUUUCGUAUACUCUCUCGGCUCCAAGUAUCGUUAAAAAUAUCGCCUGUAUCUGCAAAGCGCGAGCAAAAAUUAAAUUUUCAGGAAUUGAAACAUAACCUUGUGCUGAAAAAAUUGAUUUUCUGUGGAAACAUUGCUCUCUACUAUAGAAGUAGGCGGAAAAUUUUUCAUGCCAAAAUUCGGACAAAAAAUACAAAAUUUUCGCCAACUUUCAGCCUAAAAAUCUCAGUCGUUUCCGCAAAGCGCGAGCUAGGAAGCUGGCAUGUGUCCUAGAGAAAUAUUGUAUAAAUCCCUGCCAAGUUUCAUCAAAAUCUGAGCUUCGUACUGGAAGCACUUCCUCUGUUCAAAGUAUUGUUGUCAUUUGUCCGGGAAAACACAGAGUUAUAAAUCUUUCAGACGAUCCUAAUUGUCGACAUCGAUCCAAACGUCAAAUAUCAGCGGUUGGCGAAUACUACGGUAGGAAGGACGAGUUGAUUACUGGGUUGAUUAGGAUGAACUUUUAAGAUUCAAAAUUCUUGUGGUUCAAGGUCCAGUUAGAUGUAAAGGUUUUGAUGAUUUCUACAAAUUGCGGGCUAAAAAUCUCAAGCCAAUGCGAAUUUAUGGCCUGGAAUUGCUAGAAAUGCGAUAUUUUUCGCUGUCGGAAAAAUAGUGAGCACAAUGUCGCUGAGCCGGUCGCGUCGCUGAAAUGAAAAACAAUUUGAUUUUGCCGCGACACAAUUCAUUUUCUCGGCGGCGAUGCGGCAAAGUGCACAUUAUUUUCCCGACGGAUUGAAACAAAAGGACCACAUUUUAGCACAUCCACAUUGACCUGGACAUGGAAAAGGACCGUCUUCUGAAGUCACUGUGGCAGAAUCCGGGUCCCUACGAAGACGCCAGUCCACUGAAUCAUAGGAUUUUUCUGAAAUUUCUCAAAAUUUCUUCGGUGCUUGUUGAUGCUUGUAAAGGUAGAAUACACUCACUUUUUUGACAUUCCCAUGUUUAGAUAUUUUCGCGGACACAAGUUUAAUUCAACGUCUGCACAAUGACGCGUAUGAUGUGGGAUUUGUCGAGCAAUACGAUGCCUGUGGCCUGGGGUUAUUGCAGCGGAUCGAGGUGGAAACUGUGAUUUGGCUGAGCGCCACAGCGAUCUAUCGACUGCAGCCGGAACAGAUCGGUGUGAAUUUUCCGUUAAGCUAUGUGCCGGGUAGGCGUUGUGCAACAGAUUGAUGUUUAUUGAAGUUUAGAGCUGUUCUCCUCGUUUUCGGAUCGUAUGCGUUUUUUCCAACGGGUCGUGAAUACGUUGGUGGCUACGGUAAGUUUUGGCUCCCAAAUUGGCUACAUACAAGAAGUCUAUGCGGAGCAUACAGUGGGGGGGACCUUUUGCAGUGGCAAAAAACGUGCAAUUUUGCAUCCGGGAGGUAUCAAAAAUGUGGCAAAAUGCUUUCCUCUCCAAGUGAAAAAACUCCGAUUUUAAAAUCACGCCAGCUCUUUUUGUGAGGGAAAGGACCCUUUAAAACGAAGAUUUUUCACUUGGAGAGGGAAGCAUUUUGCCACGUUUUUGAUGCUUCCCGGACGCAAAAUGGUACGUUUUUUGCCACUGGAUCAGGUCCGUCACUGUAGAGGUUCGGACGGAUGAUGCAAACAUGAUGCCAUAAUAUAAUAUGUUUCCCUUUGCAUCCCUUCUCGGACCGAAAGUAGUGUCCUUUUUUGGCGAAGCGAAACCUUUGCAGUGGCGGACCUGAUCCAGUGCAAAAAAUGUAUCAUUCUGCAUCCAGGAAGUAUCAAAAGUGAAGCAAUAUACCUAGCUCUUCAAGUGAAAAAAACCCCAACUUCAAAAGCGCGCCUGCUCUUUUUGUGACGAAAUGGGCGCGGCUUUCAAAGUGACGGAAUUUUCAGUUGGAGUGGGAGGUAUUUUGCUGCGUUUUUGAUACUUCCCGGAAGCAAAAUGGUACGUUUUUUCUACUGAAUCAAGUUCGCCUCUGUAGAAAUGCCACUUUAGGAGGAAUGGAAACAUUUUCUGUUGUGUUAAUUCUUAUGCUCCGCUGGGACCCCUCUGGGUCUCAAUGGCUUAGAAAAAUCCCUUUUUUGCGGAGACAAGUGCAUCCAGGAUGCAUUUGGAUGCUUCUUUGGUCGUAAGCACCAUCGUUUCCAAGUUCUUGGCCUUCCAUCCACUAUUUAUUUUCUCCUUGUUAGGUAACCGAAUUCACCCACAAAUUCUACUCCAUUGACUUCGAAAACCAACUAAUCCGCUCCCAAAGCAACGAGAAUCAGCUGCGUCUCAGCUUGAUGACAUACGCGACGAACGUGGAGAUGGUGCUAGCAAAUAUCUCGCCGAUUUUCGACUUUCCCGCGCCCGAAUCAACCUUAAUUCAACAUAUCGCUGGCAUCACCGUUGAUGGCAAUCCAAUGCCGUUGGAGGAAGAUUGGGAGAUUUUGGCGGACCAAUCUGUUCACGGCUUCGUUUUGAUCACGUUCGGAUCCAUCGCCAAAACCUCCGAGAUGCCGCGAAACAUCUGGGAGUCGUUGAAAGUGGCGAUGAGGGCGUUUAAACAGGUGGUUUUUAUCGUAAAAUACGAAAAUACCGGUAAUCGAACGGCCUUUGAAAGGAGGGACAACAUGGUUUUUACUAAUUGGAUACCUCAAAUGGCCUUGAUGAGUAGGUUUGACAUCGAUUUAGAGGAACACAAGUUUCAGAGCACCGAAAUUACCGCGGAGUCAUCACACAUGGAGGAUGGAGUACGGUGCUGGAAUCCAUUUCGAAUGGACGACCCAUGAUUUUGAUGCCUUUGUUUGCAGGUGAAUUAGAAUUUCAUUACAAAGACAUAGUCUUUGUAAGAUAUGAUAUAACAUACAAUGAUAUGAUAUAAUACAUCCUUGCCUCAAAAGUUACUGCGGUCGUUCCAGAAAGUGCGUAGACUUUUUGUCAUGGGCCGCACCCUGCACAAAACCCCUUUUUGCGGCGUGAAUUUGACCUUCGGCACCGUGCGAGUGCAGUAUCGCUGCACGCUUUUCUCAACGGACCCGGAAUUUUGGAAAGGCGAAAAGAAAUUGCACAGUGAAAAAUGUUUCGAAAACGGUCGCGUCGCAUGCACUGCGUGGUGUGAAAGAAGACCGAAAAAAGUCUACGCAUUUUCUGAAACGACUAGUAGCCCUUCCGGAAAGUCGCCGAACUGAAAUCAGCAACACGCGGUGCGCGAAAACAAAAGUCUUCAUUGCACUGUGCAAUUUCUUGCUUUUCGCACCGUGCAAUAGGGCUUUUUUCAGCUGUUGCUCGCACCCUGACUUUUUUCGAACAUUUCAAACAUCAAGAGUCAGUAUGGCGAUUUUUCGAAAGGACUAAAGUGGGGGUCUGAUCCACUGACAAAAAAGUACUAUUUUGCAUCAGCGAAGAAUCAAAAAUGUGGCAAAGUGCUUCCCUCUUCAAGCAAAAACACUCCGAUUUCAAAAGCGCGCCCGCUCAUUUUGGAAAGGGCGCUCCCUUCAAAGAGAGUUUUUUUCACUUGGAGAGGGAAGCAUUUUGCCACAUUUUUGAUGCUUCCCGGGUGAAAAUGGAGAUUUUUUUGCCACUUGACCAGCUCGCCCACUGUAUGUAGACGGCCUAACCCAAAGCGUGUUUUUAGACCACUUCAAGAACGCUCGUGUGAUCACUGAAAAAGGCCUUGGGGUGUACGUUGAUAAAAUGUCCGUUCGCGCCGAUACUUUUGUUCAUGCCUUGUCCAGCAUCUUAGACGACGACCGGUAAGCUGCAUUUACAUCAUUUUUUAUAUUCAUCGGCAUUUUGUUCUCUCCGAGACUUCACAUUUAUUGUUUUCAUCAACAGUUUCGUAUUUCCCCUUCCUUCAGGUAUCUAAAUCAAAGUCAAAAGUAUUCCGCUCUCCUGCAGGACACCGUGAUCCCAACCCACCAAUUCUUUGUGUCCACGGUGAACCGCGCCGUCCGCCGGAGCCGCCGAUCUCAUUGGAAGAAGGCGCUGCGGCCCAAACAUUUGGAUCUCAACCUGUUUCAGCGCCUCCAUUUAGACCUUCUGCUAGUUGUGUGCUCACUUUUCUUCCUCUUGCAUAAAUUAACCAAAUGAUUUUUGACCCACAUCCCCAACAUUUCUUGUAGUUUCGGCCCAACGCGGGCCCAUUUGACUUCUGAUUCAGCCGGCGAAUUAGUCAGCGUCGCCGAGGGUCUCAAAACCGACGCGAAUUUUGAAAUACUUGCUGCUGCAUGGAAGUGAAAUGAAACUUCUUGUAGCUCUAACCACUGUUUGUAGUGUUGCCUUGCGCUGCGAUGGCCUCACGGACUCGGAGCGACAAUACGUCGUGGAUCUGCAUAAUCAGUUCCGAAGCCAGAUGGCGCUCGGACAGGCCGCCGGCUACGGUGGAUUCCUGUUUCCGCAGGCUUCAGACAUGCAAAAGUUUGUAAGCGAGUUUGUGUUUCUGCUUCGUAUUAUCGGUCUGUCGGGAAAAUAAUGAGUAUGAUGUCGCUGCGCCUAAUCGUGUCGCUCAAGUGAAAGCAAUUUGAUUUUGCCGCGACACAAUUUAUUUUCUCAUCGGCGAUGCGAUUUUCGAUGCGACAGAGUGCUCAUUAUUUUCCCGACACGCUGACACAGUUCUAGAAAAUAGGAUAGUAUCGGUUUGUCGGGAACACCAUGAGCGAAUGUCGCUCGCCAGUCGUGUCAAGUGAAAUGCAGUUUGAUCUUGCCGCAGCACAAUUAAUUUUCUCGUCGGCGAUACGAUUUUCGAUGCGACAGAGCACCCAUUAUUUUCCAGACAGGAUGAUAUAGUCCUAAAAUAUCGGAUAGUAUCGGUUUGUCGGGAAAAUAAUGAGCGAAAUGUCGCUGACCAAUCGUAUCGCUCAAGUGAAAAGCAAUUUGAUUUUCCCGCGACACAAUUCAUCUUCUCGCCGGCGAUGCGAUUUUCGCUGCGGCAGACUGCUCAUUAUUUUCCCGACAGACUGAUAAUCGACAUUGCUUUUGCUCUUCAGCAGUACGAUCUGACCCUCGAAGCGGAGGCGCAGUCAUGGGCGGCCAAUUGCAUUUAUCAGCAUCCCACGGUCUUGGAUUAUGGCCAAAACCUGGCACAGUCCUUCGCUACCGAUGACAGUAAGGUUUUGAGUGGGCUUCUAUAUACAAAAUCAGAAAGGUUUAUUUGUUUUAAAGACCCGAGGCAUUUGUGCGCCGCAAUUGGGGUACUUGGCUUUUGAGAAGGGCAACUCGGAGACCGUAAGGCUUUAGUCACAGCGCAAUCAUUGCAGUGACCGCCCUAAACGACUCCAUGUACGCCUGGUGGACGGAGAUCUCGAUCUAUCCGUAUGGCCCACAAGUCCUCGUGUUCAGCCAUGAAACCGGCCAUUUUACGCAGGUAAACGUCUUACUCUUUUAUUGUUUGAAUCGCAUGUCAUCGGUUUGCGAGAACUAACCGGAAAUCUUGUGCAACUGACCCCCUCUUCGACCUGGCAAAAUACUUCGCUACCGUUAUUUUCUCGACAGGCUGAUAGCCGAUACUUUUCCGGCUUGUCAACUUUUCCCUACGUUUUUCAGAUGGCUUGGGCAAACUCGAACCGAGUGGGCUGUGCCGUUCAGUUCUGCACGAACGGCCCUCAAAAUGGCUGGAACUUCGACAACUACGCGUUGACGAUUUGCGACUACAGCCCUCCGGGAAACGUGCUCACCGAGCCUUUGUAUCUGAUCGGGCCGGCAUGCUCCAAUUGCCCGUCCUUGGCCGACCAAUGCUCGAAUGGAUUGUGUGUUACGUAG